CCUCAACUUGCCCUCAACUCCACGGUGAGAACUCCAGGAUACCAAACACUGGCAGCAGCGUAUAGUAUCAGACUAGCCGUGGACCAUAAUGCUAGUCCAACGCAGCAGGCCCCACGGUUGUUUAGAUCUAGAGGCGGCUCACCGCCAAGCGUACGUUGCGGCAUCACAAUGAUCCGCAAUGCCCCUCCUGCCCUGUUUAUAUGAGGGCGGCUCCGAAGGCCGUAUGUACGUUCUCCAUCCGCUGCCAGCAGGUGCGUCCGUCGAGAACUUACCUUCGCCAUGUCCAUUUUUUCCAACGUCCUCGUCCUCGACGUUUCAGCGGGUACAGGCGCAGCCCUUGUUCAGGCCGUCGUCACCAUUAUUGGAUGGGCCCUCUGCUUGAUAAUGGUGACCGCUCUCACUAUGUACCUUGCCGAUAGUAGAGUCUCUGCCAGACAGCUUUCUCUGGCGUCGAUUCUGAGUGGAACCAAAGGCUCCCCGGCAAUCGUUGGCAUACGAGCUUUCAUAACCUGGGAAGUCCAUCGAACCCCCAUUCACCUAUUCUUGCUCGUGACGGCUUUGAUGUUGGCGGCCGUUCCACUCCUGCAAACUGUCGCCCAGCUUGGUGUUGGUACCGUUACGCGUUUACGGCAGAUCGACCGCAAUGACGGAUCUGUCUUCCUUUCCAACGGUUACGGGAGCUCUUCGUUGUUCGACCCGCGAACCGACAAUGGCACUGCUGUAGCACCCACGAGCUGUCGCGCAAAUUCCACGGACCACAGUUGCGACUACCAGUUUUUUGACGAGCUGAGCAACCCUUGGCAGUGGGAUCACCCUCUCAGCGGGUUUACGUACCGUGCACUCAAAAGACAGGUCUUUCCUGGAGAGGAUAACUUCAUUGCCAGGCCGCUUUCCCUGCGAAGGAUUCUGAAGGAUGAGGACGGCACUAUCAUCGACGGCCUACUGAAAUUGCCCGAUGCUGAGGGUGUCAUCAGUAUCCCAGCAUUGGAAACCCGAGAGGGCUCCCAGACGAACAUCACCGAAGCCAUCUAUGGCGCACCGACGACAGUGGUGCGCCCCACGUACUCGUGUGUAGAUACUCACAUUGUCGGGAUGACAUUUUACGAUGGAACUGGUAUCAGGAUACAGACGAGACCCGGAGAAGGCUUCGUUCGGCACGCCCAACCCACCGGAGAUCCAGCUGUGAUUCAAAUCUUGGAAGACGUCCGGACUGCUCUGCACACUAUAAUAUCCAACAGCAGUAACCACAAAAACCCCGGCUUUGCGUAUAAGGACGUAAUUUUCAUCAACACGACGAUAACCCCUCUGAACGCCAUCGACAUGGACAGCCCUUUCCUAAACUCGCCUCUCAAUGACUCAGCGCCGAUGAAUCGUGCCCGGGUAGAAUGCGACAACCGUAUCCAAAAGCUUCUGACCGGGGCCGAGAGAGCAGCGCCCAUAAGAGAUCCGAUCUGCGUUCUCAACACGUUCACUUUCGAGCUUCUCACCGACGGGCUUGUCUUUCCGGCCUACAAAACGGUUCUCUGUGCCCCGGGAAUCGAAGUGGGCCGCGCCAAACCCAAAUUGACCUGCGCUGACCCGCGAUGCCAGAAGUACCGGAAGAUCCACCUUGAUUAUAUCCCUACGCGGUUGGAACGGGACGAUUUUCCUUUUAAUAGUUCUUAUUACAUUUACUACCGGAAUACCACCAUUGUCGAAGACUCGAAAGGGAAGGCUUUGAACUAUUACGGAAACCUAGCCCCGGCUGAGGACUGGCUGGAAUUUGGAGCGCUCGUCGCUCAGGCACCUUGGCACGUCUGGAAGUUGCUGCAUCGGCGACAGGCGCUCAAGUACGACGCGUCGAUCAUCGAGAUGGAUUCGCGAAUGCCAAUCACGGCCCUGCUGAAUCUUACAACGAGCGUUAUUGAACUCGACACGUUCAGUACGGCCAUCCGAAACGCAUGGGCAGACGGCUUCCUCAUGAACUUGCGCGGAACGAACGCUAAUAGCUCGACCAUCGGGACGUGCGCGUCGUGCAUUACCGCCGUGGAAUCUCGCAUCGAGUUCUCGUACGAUCUUCGGUACGGAGCCGCAUUGAUCUUGUUGCUGCUCCUUGCUAUCGUCCUCGCGGCAUAUGCGUACGCCACCCACGUACCCUCCUCCAAUCCCUCAACAGUGUCCGCCAACCCAAAAACGAGGAGCCGAUACCGAAAAGCGGUUCGACUGCAACGCAAACUGGACGUCGGGAGGUACAUUACGAGUAACGAUUGGCACGCCCCGUCGUACGACAAGAGCUGGACGAAGUGGGCGGAAGCUGAGGGACGGAUAAGUGAGUUGGAUCUGGCGGACAAUGCGUCGCACAUGCCGGCGCACUCGACUCCACACGAUCAAGGAGCCCCGUGGGUCCCGGCGGGCACGCACGUUCACGACUCGAAUGAUCCGAAGGUGGACGAGCCGUGAUCGUUAAGGCGUAAACACCAUCAUUUGCAGAGUAGAAUAGAGUAGGGGUAGUAUUGCAGAGUAGAAUGUACGAUCACUGGUUCGCAUGCCUGGAACAUGGACGGUCGUUACCCCUCCCCUCGCAAGAAGGAAAUCACGCUCCUGAAAAGCA